GGCGCGUAUAUCAAGGUACUACGCUUCAGUUAUUUUUUGAAGGGAUAGUAUCAGAUUACUUGAUCGUGAUUCUGUCAGUACACCCGAACUACUUUCCAUCAGUCGACAAUACUUUAAGAACUUCAAAGGUUUUUUCACCUACUACCACUGAUGCCGUCGUCUAGGACAGCUAGGAUAAGGCGAAAUUCCGUACCGGAUAGGUGCACAAUCAUCAAGUGUAUGAGGAAAACAAUCUUCACUUUUGUUUUCCUAUUGGUCGGUUUUUCAACAGGACUCAUAGGACCAAGUAUUCUGUAUCUGGAAAAGUUAGCUGGCUCACGAGAGGAUGAAACAGCUCUUGUUUUUACAUCGAAGGCCGUCGGGUGUAUUGGCGGGUGGAUAGUUAGCUGUUUAUUACUGGAUUCAGAAGGUUCUACUAAACCAAAUGAUUUACUAAGUGUUGGACUUUUCGGCCUAGUGAUAUCCAAUGGUCUUAUUAUUUUCGUUAAACAUCUUUGGUGGAUGCUGGCAGUUUUUUUUCUUCAAGGUUUAUUUGUUACAAUUUCUUUGCAAGGUAACAAAAAAAUAUAUGUACGAACCUUGUUUUGGCUUAAUAAUCAUUACAUCCCAUCUACAAUUGAAACUAAGGGUAUAUUUGAAAAAUUUCUAAAAAUGUAUUUAAAUGGCUAUAGCAGUGCUAGAAAACAAUUGAUAAUAAUUACUUUCUAGUUAUCUGGAAUAGCAGAUAUACAAGUAAGAUAUGAUCGAAUAUUUUUCUAAUAGUUUAUACUCCUCUGAAACGUUAGUUUUAAAGUAGGGUCAAAUCGUAGUUCUUUCAUUUAAUCUCACUUAACCAGAUUACUGCACUAAUACAGUUCACCCUUCGAAUUUUCCAGCAGAUGUAGACAUGUUCAAAAGCGAAACAAACCUUACUCACUGGUUCCCGCCACUGACAAUUCAAUUUAGCAUAUGACUAUUAUUGUACUUUGUUGACUGGUGAAAGCCUUUGACUUCCAUUCACCGGUGUAUGAGUUAUGACCCUCGUUCUUCUGUUCUAAUAUAGACGGUCAAAUAGUGCCAAUGGUUGUCCCAUAAAAAUUUUGGCUCAAAGUUUAAGUUACAAGCCUAAAAUUGGUCUUUGUGUCGACGUUUCGCCAAAGUAUCUCAUAGCCUGGCUCGCCAUACGAAGACUGAAAUAAUGUCAGGGUCCGGAGGCACUUAGGAUCAUCACCUUGGAUGUAGCAUAGAUUCCAUAAGUUACGCAGAGAAAUAUAUCCUCAGAAUUUCCACAAUCCAAAACUUAAAAUGAUUAAAUUAGUAAUGUUUUUGAAUUUAUUGGGAAAACCUAACAUGAAAAAGGCGGUUCAAUCGAUGCUCAUAGUCGUGAAUUUAAUGAUUACACAAUGACCUUCGAAUAUUAAUUUGUGCUGAUUAGUUGCACUUUGUAUAACUUUUUUUGAAGUUUUUGUUCACUUUAUACUUGUGUUUGUAAAAAUAGAAUGUAAAAUGCAAUUAUCAUUGCUUUAUUAGUUAUCCAGUAUUUUUAAUUGCCAUUCAUUUUUGGAACUGAUUUUCAGUAAAUUAAGUCUUGUGAGCAGUGUAUUAAUUCUCAUUAUCAAUCAAUUAGCAUUCUAUUUUUCAUCUUGACAUUUCAUUCGUGUUUCUGAUCAUUCAAAAUUCGUAACCCAUAGUAGUAAAACUAACUCAAAAGAUACCGUUUAUCCUGUUACUGUGGGAAAAUAAGUGAAUGACCCAAUAUCAAAGUGAGUGACUAAACCAUUCACUAAGCCACAUAGUGAAAUAAUUUACCUCUGAACAUUAGAUAGAUUGCAGUCAUCAAACUCAUAGUUGCUUCUGAAAUGGCUAUUGUUAUAUCUGAGCGAAGAUUGGAUCAUGAGUAAUUUCUGAGACAUAUUAGUUGACUAAUAUUAUCUAUACAUUCUGAUGGUAUAACUAUUCAAUAAUUAGAUAAUGUAUAUUUAUAUUCCUCUUAUUAUAAGCUUCAUUUUGAUCUAUAAUUUAUUAUUAUACAAUUUACUGUUCGUAAGCUAUGUUCAGUCCCACAUUCACAGUCACGUUUUGGCUUUAUUGUAUACAAAUGUUAUUUCCUAUUUUAUGGUGCGUUGCGGUCUGUUUGGUUGAUAUAUAAACCCAGUAUGUCUGAAAUAAAUUAUUCGAUUUGAUUCGCAUAAUGGAAGCUGGUAUCGGUGUUCUGGACUCACGUGGACGGGCUAGGCGGACACAGGACCAAUAAGAACGCUAGGCUGCUCAUACCGGUCGGACGUCAUUGGUUUGGCACAGUGCUAAGAUUGUAUAAGUCGUAUUUUGAUUAGUGGAAAUAGCGACUAUGGGAUGUAAAAAUCUUCCUUAAAAGUAAUUUAAAACUAAGUUUUGAAACUUUUUUAUUUUGUAAUUUAUCAUUUUUCAGGAUGUGUUUAUCAUCGUGAGAACGUAAAACACCGACUCCACAUUGUGCCACAAUAUUUAACAAGUGUUUUCUUAUUGGGCUGUGUAUUUACUCCAUAUUUUAUUUUAUUUAUUGAGCCAAAUUUAAAUGCCAUUACAUCAUUAGAUGUUCAUCCCAGUACUACACUGAAUGAACCACAGCAUUCACAUAAUCAUAACUUCAUUUCAAACGUAUCUAAUGUAGUUCCCAUUAAAUUUGUUGAGAGUAGCAGUACUGGUAUUAGUAAACACAAUAAAAUUUCUCCACUUAUUCGUAUUCCUCGAAAAAUUUCAGUUAGUACCCCACUACUGAAUAAAUCUAAUUUUGGUCUGCAAACAACACCUCAAACCAGUAUGGACAUUAAUCAUCAUGAAAUAUCUACUGAUCAAUCUCACAAUUUAAAUCUAAUCAUACCUAAUUUUACGUCAACAAACGAAAUCAAUAUAAAUGAAACAUCACAUAACAUUACAGUGAACUCUUCUUCGGUUACUAUCAAACCUACAAUCAAGAAAAAGCCAUCAGUCAAUGAUGCCAAACAUUUAAACCAAGAUAGUUCAUCUGCGGAUGGUAGUAAAGCAGCGUCUAAAAUGAAGAAACUUACUGAAGAGCGUCAAAUUGAAGAAUUAGACGAUGAUCCAUCUACUCAUAAACCACUGACCUCUGUCGUUAAUCCAAAUAAACUUCAAAAUCCUGUAGUCCAAAACCAGUCUACUAUUACCACUACUACUAUGUUAAUGAACAUCACGAAUUUAAAUUCUACCAAACAAUCAAAUAAUAAUGAUGCUAUCUCUAAAAUUUCUACAAAUUCUUCCUCUAGCCAUCUUUCACUUCACUUGAACAAUGUUUCAACAGGAUUUCCACAUGACUCUAAAAUUGUUAAAGAUCAUAAAUCUAAUGAAAUUUUCAUUGAUAAUGUGAGUUCAACAAAAGAUAUUCACAUAUCUAAUGCGUCUAAACCAAUAAAUAAGAAUAAAGUAAUACUUGGCAUGUAUAAUAUUACCGAUGAAUUUGGGUUAAUAACUAAUAACUCUUCUACUCAAUUCACAUUCAGUAAAUUUCCACCUGUAUUACAGUCAAACGAUAUUAUUGUAGUUAUCAAUUCAACAAAUCAUAAAUAUCAUCAUCAUCGUAUUGCUGAACACUCGUUGGAUAAAUCUCAUCAUAAUCUGUUACCGUUUCAACAUCCAGUAGAAUCAGUUCAGAAAGUUUAUCUAUUACUAAGUAUUAUUUCAAUGAUACUUUGGCUGUUGACAAUUCCAUUAACAAGUUGGUGUGAAUCGAUAUUUAUUCGUUACUUUGAUCUUCAGAUCAUAGAUGAUAAUAAUUUCGAGCUUAUUUCUGCUAGCAAACUUUCGUCACCAAGUGUGAUGCAACGAUCAGAUACUGAUAGUAAUGAAAAUCAUUCUGAAGAAGGUCUCAAAUCAAGAUUACUUGGAGGAUCAGAUGAAGAUGACAGUGAAUCGGAUUCAGUUGAACUAUGGAAUCGAAGUCAUUUUAUUGAUAACAACGGAGAGCUAGUCUGUCAUUCUGAUUCUGAAUUGAAUGAUAAUGGUGUUGUUCUGAAAAAUUCCUUAAUUAAAUCAUCUUCAGGAAAUAAUAUUUCUGGUUAUUCAGUGUCUAAAUCGAUGAUAGUAUUAAAUCCUAAUGUUGGUGAUGAUAUUACCUCCUCUAUGACCGAUUAUUCUGUAUUUGAAACUCAUUGGCCAAGAAUUCAAUGGCCGUCAAAUUUUUGGCUGUUAUUAUCUGCAUUUCUAAAUAGUGGUUUGGAGACAACAUAUGCUGGCUUUGUUGCUAGUCUCACUAUCCGUUAUCUUCUUUGGUCUCCAACAUUAGCAAUAAUUGUGACCAGUUUGUUUUGGCUUGGUAAUCUCGUUGGCUUUUUAGUUCGUUUAUUGAUAAUCAAUAUAAAAUGGCCAGAUUUACGAGAUACUUUACCCGGUAUUUCAAACAGUCAGCUAUUAUCUAAGCGUAUAUAUUCAACUAGAAAACACCGUCGUAAUUAUGCAAAGAAUACAAAAUCAUCAAUAAUCAUUACUAUCAUACAAUUGUGUGGAUGUUUUAUUUGUGUAACUAGUUCUAUUGCAUUAACAUAUUUAUCAAUGUCAACUGGAAGAUGUUCCACAACAUCAUCAUCAUCAUCCCUAUUAAACAUGAAUUCAUUAUCUCAUCCUUAUAUAACAUGGUUAAUUGGUAGUUUUUGUUUUGGUAUUGGUAUUGGUUUAUCAUCUUCUUAUACUGGUACAUUAAUGACUAUACAUUUAACUACAAAUUUAUUUUUUUCUAAUUCAUAUCAUAUUCAAUUAGCUACAUUUUUUGGUCAAUUAUUAAUGCCAGCAUUAAUUGCUAUGCUUCAUCAUCAAGCAUUAUUUUGGCGUUAUUCAUGUGUACAUAGUAUUAGUGUAUUAUGUUUAAGUAUAUUAAUGAGUUGUUCAUUAAUUAGUCAUUUUAUCAUUGAAACUAUUGAAUAUAAACGUAAUAAUUUAUUAAAAUCAUCUAAAACUAAUCGAAACAAUAAUCAUGAUACACAUUUACAAUAUUCUAAUGGAAAAAUUACAAUACCAUAAUUAGCUUAUAAAUUUUAAUAGGGAUAGGUAAUAAUUAUCUUCAAGAAAACUGAUGUUAACUUCUUCUAAUAUUGUUAUUAUUUUGUUUAUUGCAAAUGUCUUUCAUCAAACUUGUCUUCAUGUGGUUAAUUGCUUUAACCUGUAAUAGUUUAUUGUAACUAUAUAUAUAUACAAAAAUAUGUUAUUUGUAUAAUACUAAUACUAACCCUCCUUCUUCCUCCUGCCUUCCUUCCCCUCCUCUCUAGUCUGAUAAUAAUGGUAUUUUGUUCAUUUGAUUGCAUUUUGUACUGUACCAUUUGUAUGUGUACUCACUUAUAUUUUUUUAUUACCGCCUUAUUUUCAUAGGUUAUCUGCAAGUUUGAUCUGUUGUUAUUUUAAUAUACUUCAUUACGUCAUGCAUU